UGCAGAAUGUGGAACGUUAGUAACAUUCAUUCACUAAGGUUCAUUUCGGAAAAUCUUACUUCAAAUCUUGUUUAAAUGAUUUGUCAUUUCACACCUUUUCCAGGUCUGGUCGGGUUAAAGGCCGACGAUCAAGAUCAGGUUCAUGGAAACGCCGUUCCAGGUGUAGCUUUGCAGAAACUAACUUCUUAUCUCAUGAAUCUGUUAUCGUACAUUAGAUAUGCACAAGCAUGAAAGAUAAGAGUUAUAAUAUGAUAACAUAGCAUGUCAAAUCCAAACACGUUCUUUACAGUGAUGGUAGGUUUGUUCCUUCUAUAGGAGUCAAGAUUCUCCUGACUGGAGGAAUCCUGGAAAUAAUUUGUUUGUUAAUUUCCUGCCCUGGUGGACAACUGAGAGUGAUCUUCAGCAGCUUUUCAGUACACAGGGAGAGGUUGUCGACAGCCACUUGGUGAGAGAUUUUCACACCAAGGAAUCUCGUGGAUUUGCUUUUGUCACUAUGGCAACUACAGAUGACGCUGAGCGCUGUAUCAAGGAAUUCGAUCACACGGUUCAAUUUGAUCGGGUGAUAGUUGUGGAAAGGUCAAUGAGACAGUGUCCCAGGACUCCAACUCCUGGCAAGUACAGUGGUACAAGAUACGACCAUGAACCGAGAGGGAGACAAACUCUUAGUCAUUCACCUAGGCAACAGCGGGAUAAACAUCGUUAUUCAAGGGACCGAUCUCGUAGUCUGUCACCUGUAAGAAAGGAGGAUAGAUAUCGUUUUUCAAGGGAUCGAUCUCGUAGUCAGACACCGAUACAAAAGGAGGAUAGUUAUUCAAGGGACCGGCGAGGAAGAUCACGUUCUCCACGAUCACAUAGGAGGCAGAGGGAUUAGUUGUCAAGAUUAAGCAAAGAUAUCCCUACCCAUUAUAGCCUCCAAUAUUUGAAAUAGUAUCCUUUUGUAUGUGAAAAGGUCAUAGCACAUGUCAACCAUGUUGUUAAUUAGGUUACUUGUACCGAGGUUGUCUUAUCCUACAGAGCAUGCAUGCAUUCUGCAAAAUUUGGUUUUUUUUUCCAUCCCAUUAAUCUGGUAGUUUCUUAAUGGCCGAAUGUAUAGUUCAUUGCUUGAAAGACCGAGAGAUACAUGGAAUUCACGCCCCAACUCUUGUUUUCCGGAAGUAUGUAUGAAUUUGACAAUGUCAUUUUCUAUAUUUGGCAAAUUCUGGUGGA